AUGGGGGGGUCAGAAGGUGGGGAAGGCGCAGACGGAGAGGCGGAGGCAGGCGUAGGCGCGGCGGGGAAUGCGGGCGUGAGCGUGAGCGUGGUGCCGUCGUCGCUGCCUGUGGUUGACGUGUUCUCGAAGCUCGACCCUACGACCGCUCGCACCGUCGCCAAGCUGUCGCCUGCGACCAUCACGUGCGACAAGGCCGUUCCGCUCGCUGCCGCGAACGCGCCUGGCGGGGGCCAGCACAGAGCAGCGCGGCUCCCCAACUGCGAACCUCCGCCCACCGAUACCCCCUGGCUCCGCCCCUCCGCUCCCGCCGCCUCCGCCGCCGUCGCCGCUUCUGCUGGUGUUGGGCAGGGGGCAGCAGCAGGUGGUGAUGGGAUUGGGGGAACGAGCGCAAUGGCGCAAGCAGGCGCAAUUGAGCAUGUUUCAAGCACUGCGGAGCGGGUGGGGCAGCAGCAGCACCAACAACAGCCACAGCAGCCGCCACAGCAGCAGCAGCAGCAGCAGCAGCAGCAGCAGCAGCAGCAGCAGGGGCGGUAUCCGAUUGAGCAGGCGCAGCAGGGGCGGUAUCCGAUUGAGCAGGCGCAGCAGGGGCGGGGAGGGCAUGUGGGCGCGGACAGUGAGAUGGCAGCGCCGUUCCAAGCAUGUGUGGACCACACGAAAGUGCAGCGCAUGGCGGAGCAAUCAGGGUGGCCGUACCUGUUGAUGCAGGGCCGAUCUGCAGGGCUGGUGGCGCAGGAGCAGGCGCUGCUGCGCGCCGUAUGGGUGGCCAAGGCUGUUGGCGCUGUGCUCGUGCUGCCACCAAUGGUGACACACGCAACGACCGGUGGAUUGGAGCAGCAGGGGCAGCGGCAGGAGCAGGGAGUGAAGGAGACGGGGAUGGAGAGGCUGUUCAGCACGCACUUCUUCAUCACUCAUAUGUACUGCUCAUCAGGGAUCUGGGUUGUGCCGCAGCUGCCUGGAAGCGUCUGGGACCGGCUGCCCACAGGGGUGUCCGGGGAUGACGUGGACGCCUUGCUGGCGCUGCCAGGUGGCAUCGCGCAGCGCAUCCCACGUGACGUAGUGGCUGCUAGUGGCGAUGCUGAGAGUGCAGCACUGGCAGAGUGGCUGCAAUCCAUGGGCCGCAAGACCAAGAAGGGCGAGGUCCGGCUGUUGAUAUACGACUCCUCAGACCCCAUCUCCUUCACCACCUCCCAGCAACCACAGCAGCAGCAAACCCAGCAGCAGAUGCAGCAGCAAUUGCAGCAGCAGGGGAGGGUGAGGAAGAACGCACUGGCAGCGCUGCGAGUGGUGCCCCCCAUAGCAUCAGUGACCACGCAGCUGCUGCACCUGCUGCGCAAGGCCUACCAGGCCCGCUUCGGCGACCUCUCCCGCUUCCACUUUGCUGCCCUGCGCCUGACGCUUGAGGCCCCACCGCAACUCGAAGCAGCAGGAGGAGAAGGGUCAGCAGGAGGUGCUCUCGCUGCUGCAAGCCUGCAGGCAGCACGCGAGGCGCUCUUGACUCUCCUGGACCCGUCCAGAACGCUGCUAUAUGUCAUCAUUGCCCCCGUGCCGCACCGCACGGCCAUUCUCCGGGAGCUGGCAGAGUCGUACCAGGUGGUAACCAGAGAUGACCUCAUCAGUGACGUCAGCAGCCGGUUUCCCGAGGGUGAGGUGCAAACAGCAUUGGAGCAGGGAGUUGCUAAGGAAGCGGCGGUGUUUAUGGGUUCGUCUGUGGAUGUGUUUUCGAGGUUUGUGUUUGAGCUGAGGUGCUUCACUCGCCCGCUGCUGGGCCGGUCACAACGAGCCACUGUGUUCUAUGACCUUGGCUUGUCUGUCGCCCCGUGUCAUGUGGAUCUCUAG